AUGAGGCGAGGAGGCGACUGCGUGGAGCUCUGGAGGAGCAGGAGCGGCUGGAGGUCGCCCUGCGCACCAAAGCAGCAGGAACGGCUGGCUGCCGAAGUGGAAGCGCUCGAGGAAGAGGAGCGCCGGGCUGCUACGGCCUUCCACGCCGCCCUCCAGGCCUAUGCGCACGCGCACCACGCCGCCCUCCACGCCGCCCACCACCACCGGCGCCUCCUCCUUGCCCCCGCCCUCCACCACGAACCCCAGCAACAGACGCACCAGCACCAGCAGCCCGCGCCCCCUUCCCGCACACCUCCGCUUCUCCUUCUCCCGCCCUCCUCCGCGCAGGAGCCUCCGUCGCUGGCUUCCGCGGCUAUCACCACCAAGGGGGCGCUUUUUCGUACCACUCUGCUGGCGCACACCCUCGCUCAGUCGUCGGGAGAGGACUCGGGCCUCUCCCACGACAUCCUGACCUGGGAGCUGAAGCGAGAAGAAAUCAAAACGCUGGACGAAGCCGCCCUCGGCAAGGGCGCCUUUGGUACUGUGAGCAAGGGCAUACUGCGAGGAAAGCCGGUAGCGGUGAAAAAGAUUCACAUAGGACUCCGGCGCGACGGGCAGAUAGAUGAGCGGACCUCCGAAGUGCUCGAAGACUUCCGGAAUGAGUGCGCUGUGAUGAGUAAGCUCCUGCACCCGAACGUGCUUCUGCUCAUGGGGGUGUGCAUCGACCAAGAGGUCGACGAGCUGCUUAUGGUGACGGAGCUCAUGGAGAAUGGGUCGGACUGUGCCCUCGGCCUGAACUACCUUCACCUCAACAAACCCAACCCGAUUCUUCAUCUCGACCUGAAGACCGCGAACUUAUUGGUGGAUGCCAACUUCGUGACGAAGGUGGCCGAUUUCGGGCUUGCCAAGGUCUACGGACUGAAGGACCGGAAGGGAGUUGGGGGUACCCCCUAUUACAUGAGCCCUGAGGUGCUUGACGGAGAGGACUUUGACUCGAAAUCAGACGUCUACGCGUUCGCCAUCAUUCUGUGGGAGUUGAUCACGCAGAAGAUCCCCUACUCCGACGAGAAGCUCCGCUCCGGACCUGCCGGCCUCGCCCAGCUCUACUCGCACAUUCCUGGCGAUUGCCCGCCCAAGCUGCGCCGCCUCGUCGAACAGUGCUGGGCUCCCGAUCCAGCUGCUCGGCCCAGCUUCCAGGACAUUCUCGACUCGCGAAUAUUGGACGAAGUCGUGCUGGAUGAAACCAUCAGUGAGGCCAACUCCCUGGCGCGAACGUUCUGGAAGGAGUGCUUCUGCGUCAAGGGCGAGCUGCUCUACGCUGUGGAGUGGAAACAGUUCGCCCGAGUUCUCGCGCAAUGGUGCGAGAUAGGGGUCGACGUGGAGAAGGAUAUUUAUUGGAAGGCCCUGCGCAUGGUCCUCGUGCCAGAAAACGAGGACGUCGUGACGCUCGAGAGGUUCAGCGCCAUCCUGGAGUGGUUCGGUCCGUUCGCCAAGGGCAAGAAGCUCCUCCAGAACGUGGUUUCCACCAUUAAGAUCAAGGGAUUCUAUGGCGAUGCCACGUCAGACCAGAUGGGCAUUGUGUUCGCCGGCAAAUCUGUCGGAACUUAUCUAAUUCGGUUCAGCGCACAGCACCCGGGCUUCUUCACCAUCACCACACUCACCUCGAGAGACAACCUACAGAACUACCGCGUGAGCCACGCCCCGGGCAAGGCAUAUUGGCUCACGGAAGAUAAGAGCUUCCCCUCGCUGCGGAAGCUCGUGAAGCACUACAAGGCCGAGCUCAGCCUUAAGACCCCGUUCACGGGUUCCAAGUACAGCCAGCUGCUGGUGCAGAUCGAGGAGGGAGAGCGGGUCAACCUCUACUCCAACUUCUCCACGACCACCGCUGCCAGCGCGGCGACCACACCGGUGCCCCUCAAGAAGGAGAAAAAGGAGAAAAAGGAGAAGAAAGGAGCGGGCGCCAAGAAGAAGCACCCACCCAGACACGCAGCGGCCGUGCCGAGCGACGGCGGCUACGCGCAGCCCCACCUCUAA